GCUAUAUGUCGAGAGCGAAAACACUUAACAAUCUACAAACUAAACCAAGCAGAGGUGUUGUGAUUCUACUUUGCAACUUUCUGUUUAUGUGUUACUUUAUAAUUUUUCACUUAGCUCAUUGGAACGUACAUUAGUUACAUAUUUUAUCAAUCUUCCUUGUACUUAUCGCUCAUAGGAAUGUCUUACCAACUUUAUAGAAACACUACCAUCGGUAAUACAUUGCAAGAAAGCCUUGAUGAAUUGAUACAAUAUGGUCAAAUCACGCCAGCUCUAGCUGUCAAAGUUUUAUUGCAGUUUGAUAAAUCUAUUAACCAAGCAUUAUCAAACAGAGUUAAAUCAAGGCUGACUUUUAAGGCUGGCAAACUUAAUACCUACAGAUUCUGUGAUAAUGUGUGGACAUUUAUGUUGAAUGAUGUUGAGUUUAGAGAAGUACAAGAAGUUGCCAAAGUAGAUAAAGUGAAAAUUGUGGCCUGUGAUGGUAAAAAUGUUGAAGAUCGAAGAUAACCAACAGAAAUAAUACAAUUAGUUUCAUCAUUUCUUAUAUGUAUUUAAUUAAAGGGUAAUUAUUGUAACUGGUUAUUCUCAUGAAAAUGUGUUAAUAAAUUAUUCAAGUGGC